AAAAUCGAGCGGGCUCGAACCUAAACCGGUUUCAGCGGGGCAGCCUCGCUCGUCACUCCUCCCUCGUCGCCGGCGGCGAGCGCGCACGAUUCCAGGGACAACGAUCGAAUCCGAAUCACCAUCAUCGACGCCGCCGACCAGAGACCAUGGACGUUCCCAAGGAUCAAAUCUCCACCCUCCUCGACCAUGGCCUCUCCGCCUCCGCUCAAAUCCUCGGCUCCUUUCUGGUCUCUUCGUCCUCCGUCAAUGCCGAAACCAACCCCCACGUCAAAGCCGAGAACCUGGUGCUGCUCGGCGAUGCGUUGGUUCGCGACAGAGAGUACCGCCGAGCCAUCCAUAUGUACAAACAAGCCUUGCAGUACCAUAGAAUUAUUCCGAAGCAAACUUCAGCAAGUACCAGAAGCUCAUUGUCCACGUCGAAUAGAUCAUCUUCUCCGAAUUCUUUCAAUGUAUCUGCAGUUAAUGAAAAUGAGGUAAAAUUCAAGAUUGCAUCCUGCCACUCUUCAUUGAAUGAUAAUAAAGCCGCCCUUCUCGAGUUGGAAGGGAUUCCAAGCAAAGUGAGAACUUUGCAAAUGAAUUUACUCAUGGGAAAGCUCUAUAGGAACUCACGGCACAAUCGUGCUGCUGUUGCUUGUUAUAGAGAGUGUUUGAGAAACUGCUUUUUCGUCAUGGAGGCUAUUAUAGCUUUGGCUGAGCUGGGAACUUCUGCUAAGAAUAUCAUCUCUUUGAUUCCUCAGACUCCAAAUAGAGGCAACAGGGGUUCAUAUGAUCAUCUCGAUUCAAUGCGGUGGCUGCAACGUUAUGUUGAGGCACAGUGUUGUAUCGCUUCAAAUGACUACAAAGGUGGUCUGGAGCUAUAUGCGGCUUUGCAACAAUUUCCUAAGAACAUACAUAUAUUACUUGAAAUGGCAAAGGUAGAAGCUAUUAUUGGAAAAAAUGACGAGGCUAUAAUGAAUUUCGAAAAGGCUAGGUCAGUUGAUCCAUACAUCCUAACUUACAUGGAUGAGUAUGCAAUGCUUCUCAAAAUGAAAUCUGAUUACACAAAACUUAGCAAGCUGGUGCAUGAUUUAUUGAAUACUGACCCAACAAGGCCAGAAUUUUUUGUUGCUUUAUCCGUGAUGUCGGAAAGGAAAGAUGACAAAGGAGCUUUAUCUUAUGCCGAUAAGAGCAUUCAAAUUGAUGAGAGACACAUACCUGGCUAUAUAAUGAAGGGAAACCUGUGUUUAUCAAUGGAUAGGCCUGAAGCAGCUGUAGUUGCCUUCAGAGGAGCUCGAGAGUUGAGGCCUGAUCUUCGUUCAUAUCAAGGUUUAGUUCGCUCUUAUUUGGCAUGCUCAAAAGUUAAAGAAGCCCUUUAUACGGAGGAAGCAAUGAAAGCAAUGCCUCAAUCUGCAAGGGCUCUAAAAUUGGUUGGAGAUGUCCAUGCUAGGAAUCCUGGUGGUAGGGAGAAGGCAAAAAAGUUCUACGAGUCAGCUCUUCGUCUCGAACCCGGUUACCUUGGAGCUGCAUUAGCUUUGGCUGAACUGCAUGUCAUUGAGGGACGAAAUGGAGAUGCCGUCUCUCUUCUUGAGAGAUAUCUCAAGGACUGGGCAGAUGACUGUCUUCAUGUUAAGUUGGCUCAAGUUUUCUCUGCAACUAAUAUGCUGGAGGAUGCAUUGACCCAUUAUCAGGCUGCUCUAAGGAUCAACUCGCAGAAUGAAGCUGCCAAGAAAGGAUUGGACCGCUUGGAGAAACAGAUGAAGGGAGUGGAUCCAGAUGCACCUGAUGAAGAUGAAGAAAACGAGGUUGAGGAUGCAGAUGCAGAUGUCGAGGAGACGGAGCUGCUAUAAUAUAAAAAGCCUGAACAAUGUCAUGCUUCAUACAUGGAAGGGCAGCUUUGUGAAGGUUAGGUCAUCUGAAUCUUUGAUCAGGGCAUUUGUGAUCCUUUUGGAGCCAGAAAAUGGAGAUUCUUCUGCUUUUGCCUGGAUAAUCAUGAGCAGCGUCGUGACAGAUGGUACAGAUUUUUGGGUGAGUCCAUGCAGUGCAAAUGUUCGCAAAGGUCUGAAAAGCCCGCCUUAUUCCUUCAAUAUGUGAAUAUAGUGUUGUCCAUGAGCAGGUUCCAAAUAUAGUGCAGCACGGCUUUCUGUUCGCCUCUGAAUUUGAUGGACGUUCAUGUGCCAUGCAAAAUACUUCUGUAUACCAUUCUACAUUUGAGCCUUCCUGGCGUGGCUGAGUCUUUUUUGCUUGUGACAACUUGACUUAAAUUUUAGCUGGCGAUGCCUUGGCUAACUUCAUUCAAAAUGAUAAUUUCAAAAUUAGUUAUUUUUA